AGUGUCAAGGUUACGUGGUACUUCGUAAAAAGAUCGCUGCUAGCACCAAGUAAUGAUAAAGGUCUCUGCAAGUUCAUGAGAUAAUGGCGGGUGGAUUUGGAAACAUCGACGACUAUAAAACAACAAAUGACUUGAGCCUCCCUUCUUUCACAGAAUUUACGUCAAGUCUUAGAAUGGGAGUUGACUGCUAUGGCAUUCGCAGACGACAAACACCAUCCACUGUGCAAAGUGAAGGUGAAGGUUAUGGAUUCGGACUUCCCCAUCUAUCACGAUCAAGUCAGCAUGUACCAGGCAUUCUAGGAUAUCGCCCAGCACGACACCCGGAACACGCCUCUCCAGUCAGUCAUCUGGGGUGUAACGAGGGCCACGCCCCAGAACACGCCUGUCUGUUAAGUCAUCUGGGGUGUAACGAGGGCCACGCCCCAGAACACGCCUGUCUGUUAAGUCAUCUGGGGUGUAACGAGGGCCACGCCCCAGAACACGCCUCUCCGUUCAGUCAUCUGGGGUGUAACGAGGGCCACGCCCCAGAACACGCCUCUCCGUUCAGUCAUCUGGGGCGUAACGAGGGCCACGCCCCAGAACACGCCUCUCCGUUCAGUCAUCUGGGGCGUAACGAGGGCCACGCCCCAGAACACGCCUCUCCGUUCAGUCAUCUGGGGUGUAAUGAGGGCCACGCCCCAGAACACGCCUCUCCUUUCAGUCAUCUGGGGUGUAACGAGGGCCACGCCCCAGAACACGCCUCUCCGUUCAGUCAUCACUGUACACUGGGGCUGGGUCACACAGACAGAGGCGGUCUCGCCAACAAUCCGUUUUUCUCAGGCAGAACCCACUACCCAGCGUACACCGAGAGUCAACGUCCUGGACAGCCGGGCACAGAGAAUCAGCAGUAUGUUCAGGGAAGAUACACAGAGACACUGCAAACCCCGGCUGGAAUAUACACCGAUACACUGCAGACCUUCGAGCAUCCACUAUGCAUGAAACCAGUAGACCAGCCCGACUGUCCUGACUCUCGAGUCCUGCAGCCUCACGGAAGUCGAUCACGACAUGUUACAAGUGACUGGACUGUCGGCAGAGAUGUAGCACAUGAGUUUUGGACAAAAGAGUUAUGCUCUCUAUUUGACGCCAUUCCGUCAGAGCCCGAGGUGUUGCAGACGAGCACUUCAUCUCAACUUGAUAAUUACAAUAAUGAUGCCGAUGGAUACAACAACAAUACCCCGUGUGCAAGAUCAGACUACACAGAUACCAGCUACAGUUCAAGCGGGGGAUACACACCCGGUUACAGUUCACAUGGGAGCUACUCAGCCAGUUACGGAUCACAUGGGGGCUACACAGGCGGUUACGGAUCAUACGGGGACUACACAGCCGGUUACGGAUCACACGGGGGAUAUUCAGAGGGUACAUACACUUUAAACAGUUCAAGCGAAACUGUUUCAAACUACGGUGAAGCAAACAAUCGUGACUUGCCCUCCACGUCAUCGACAGACAUGUCAUACGCAUGGUAUGAUUACAAACCGCCCCUGAUGACGUCAGAAUUUUGUUUGGAUUCCGAUUUGGAAAGCUGUGGAGUGACAUCUACCACCGACCACGGUCAUGAUCCAUUGCUGAAACUGCCUUCGUUGUCCAAUGAAAAGGCUUCUUUUGAUCACGUGUCCUCGACAUCAGAAUCGACGACCGAAAGCGAGUCGACGAGGUUAGAAAAUGACGAGUUCGAUGUGAAGGAUAAAUUUAUCAUCCCCAAGGAAUCUCGAAGAGCAGCUGACGAGCCUCGCCGACCGAAGAACAGCUUUAUUCGGUUCUCCGUGGAGAACCGACGGAGAAUCUCGAGGGAACACCCGCUGAUGGACAACCGGGAGGUGUCCAAGAUCCUGGGCGGCUUGUGGAAGACGCUCACACCCGAGCAGAAGAAACCUUACGAGAUGGAAUUUUCCAAAGAUAUGGAGGCCAUCAAGCUGGAGAAUCCGGACUGGCAGUAUGUACCAACCAAUCGGCUGGCGGCGGACCUAGUGGAACCAAUGCCUCGUCGUCUACGACCGCGCAACUGCUUGAAGAAAAAGUUGUAUAAUUCGCCUAACGUCUACCAGAAAAGACAAACGACGAACAAACAGGCUCGGUCAGCGUUUGUCAAGAGACGCAAUCAGACAGCGGCCAAACCAGGACCUUCAGAGUUCACUCGAAUGAAGCAGAUCACUCGACCCCAGCAGUGUGCGCAGUCCUCUGCAGAGUCGUCGGUCACUGCGCAGACGUCAGAGUCUGAAUCACAGGAGGAGCAGACGUGGGUUCAGUGUGACGUCUGCUACAAGUGGCGCCGCCUGCCGCACCCCGUUCUACCCAGUCAGCUGCCAGACUUUUGGUUGUGUGAACUGAACCCCGACCACCAUCACAAAUCGUGUUUCACCCCAGAGGAAUUCAGUAAUCAGUGAGUCAAGCUGACAGAAGUGACACCAGAGAACAAACAACCACAAACUGUAGAUAUAAACAAAAUGACGACAUAACAAGAAAAAUGUAUUGUCAACACACAGGAAAGGCUAUGUUAUAUUAUGUUAUUAGUUUUAUUAGUUUAGGUUUCAGUAGACAGAUGGUGACAAUGUUUAAACAGAAUUACAAACUCUUUGAUUAACCCUACUGUAAGGAAAGGCUAUAUUAUAUUAUGUUCUAUUUUGAUUAUAUUAGGUUUUAAUACACAAUUGGUGAAUUGAUGAUGUCCAGGCAGAAGUAUAAACCCUUUUAUAGACUGGCCUCGGUGGUGUCAUCGUUGAGCCAUCGGACAUAAAGCUGGUGGGUACAGGGUUCGCAGCCCGGUACCGGCUCCCACCCAGAGCGAGUUUUAAGGACUCGAUGGGUAGGUGUAAGAC